AUGCGAUCGAUUUUGCGAAUAAUUCUCGCCUUGUUUAUCAUUUUUCAAAUAGUUUCUUGUCGACGCGACGCCAAUCAGAAGCUGAAAGCGUGUUGUGCUCGUCAGAAGCAAGCUGAUAAAGAAUGCAAGAAGCGGUUUUGCGAUUUCAAUGCGAUUAAUCAGGGAAAUAUGCUUCAUUAUCUCAACACUUGCGGUCCCAGGAACAAGACAGUUCAAUUGAUGUGGGAUUGCGCUUCUUCGCGUGUCGAUCACACGGAAUGCUGUAAAAAGAACAAUGUCGUUCCCGCUUGUUUGCCAUAUUGCGCCGCACAAGGCCGAGUGCCAAACGAACAAGUGACACAUGUGUUCUGCAUGCAGAACUUCGACAACAUUCGUCAGUGCUUCCGAAGUCUCCAGGAUGUGAAUCUCGCCAGCAAAUCCCGAGUCAUUUCAAUGCUUCUUCACGCGUUUCUACUAGCCGUUUUGGCGUUUGGCGUCACAGAAUGCGUUGAAAUGAUGCCAAGAGCAACGGCGUUAAGAGCCCACCGAUCAGAGAUCAGAAGAGCACCUCCAUCAGUCGCCUCGUUCGCUCCUCUUGCCAAAUCGCUUCGUCCAACGUCGACGGGCAUUCGUCGAGCUCCCGAGAUCGCGUCGCCAUCAAUGCGAGCACCCCAUCGGAGCCAUUCGCUCGCCGCUCGGACGCCAAUGGUCCAUCCAAUGAGUAUGCCGCGAAUUGUGCCCGAAUUCAUCAAGGUGCCGAUUCCGGUCAUCGAUCCGAAUGAUUUGCCGACGCUCGCCACCCUGCCGCCACACACCCUUCCCACGUUCACACCAAUUCCGGGAAUGCCAACGAUGCCGGCGCUCACGAUGCCGCCAUCGUUUCAGCGCCUUCUCGGCAUCACGACGACGACAAUGAAGCCGGAGCCCAUCGAGAAGGUGAUGACGCAAAACGACGAUCGCGAUGAAUUCUCGAUUCCAACAUACACGAAAGAACUGAAUUCGGUGAGAUCGCGACUCUCGAAAUUCGUUCGCGGCGAAAAGGCGAAUGUCGUGAAGGCUGAAGAAAAUGCCGAUUGGAUUGUUCCAUUCUAA